AUGAGUUCAGUUACUGUUGUUUAUAAUCAACUCGAGAAUAGAGUAGGUGGACCUUUAAUGGGACCUCAUAUAAGGCCGACCUUUCGGUUACGGCCUGAUCGUUUGCGAACUGUCCCCGAUUUACGGAUAAGCACGGCUUCACAGGAUUUGACCAGACCUUCGGUCACGCUAAUUUAUGAGAAUGGGGACCAAGAAUGGGAGGAUACAUCACUUCCUUGUUUCUCACAGGAGAUGUUGUUUUUGUGUGGGUUUAUUGGAGCCAAUACUCGGGGGAGAGUUUCGAUAGAAUUACUCCACAGGGGAAGGAAUGAGCUGCCAUGGCUAGGCGAAGAGCGAAAUGUACGUUUCGCCUUUAAAUUUCUUCGUAACGCAUCACUGGCAACGUAUAACAUCACGGAUGGCACCGCUUGGUUUAAUGGACGAAUGCUUGAUUGGCUUUACUGUUCUCUAUGUGCCGACCCGGUAGAAGAACGAAGAAAGAUCAGAGAGACGAUCCUCGUCACGGCGGCUGCUAUCGAUUACCCCCAAAACCAAAAAACCAAUCACGACUGGGUGUUCGAAAAACAGAUUUACACAACAAUCCUGUGGGUUUACAGAUUGAUCAAUCGUUAUUACGUCGACUGUGAGAAUAGCAUGCAGCUUGAGGUAGCUGCUGCCAUAUGCAAGAUUUGUAUUGUUCUAUCAGCUCAUGGCGAGUUUGAAUUCUACAAUCCUGAGAAUCUCUUUUUGCGUCUUAUUGGAGCAUAUGGGAAGAUAUAUUGGAGAUGGUGUCUACAGGCUAUGGAUGUUGCAACUCAUCUGGGCAAACAUUACAUCGACAGAGGAGAGAACAAAAAAGCCCUGAUAUUGUACGAAGAGUCAUUGGAACAAUAUGAAAAGAGAUGCGGAAAGGAUGGUGUCAUUUCUCUGCGAGUGGCUGAUCAAAUUGGAGUUGCUUACCGGAACAUGGGCCUUUACGACAAGGCUUUUGAAUAUGCCAAACGCGCGGUGGAAGGUUAUCAAAAGUCUUUAGGGAAGGAAGACUUUGAGACAUUGAUGGCGACCAACAACAUGGCUCUGGCAUAUAUGAAUCUAAAGAGAUAUGAUGAGGCCCUGGAAUCCAACGCUAUUGUGGUCGCUGGUCUUAAAGAGCAUUUCCGGAACUGUCCUUCUGUAAUUACACGUGCUAUUCGAGAUACGGCUACGAUCUAUCAGAAAAGUGGAAACCUCGGAAAACGUAUCGAAUGCCUCAGAAACCAUAUGGCAGAAUCUUGCGAGAUUGCAGGAUAUGGUAUGGGCCCAGAGACUUUUGAGAGUGCAUUCGCAAUGGCCCAUGCCUGUAUUCCAGAAAAAAUAGACACGCCAGCAGCCCUCGAACAGUUUCGCUUGUCUUUUGAGAUGGUUAAAGACGCAGCAUAUUUUUAUGAGGAAAACAGAAACUGGUUUCAUUUCGAAAAACUCGAAGUGAUGGAUACACUGAUUACUGGCUGGAUCUACCAGGGCGAAAUUGAGAAGGCGAUGGAGAAUCAAAUUUUGAACCUAGCAUAUAGGCAACAGUGUCUAGUAGCGGACCAUCUUUCGAUAGCUCAAGGCCAUCAACAGCUGGGAUAUUUAUACACGCUCUCUAAGAGAUAUCCUCUGGCUCUAGAAGAGUAUAGAAAAGCGCUUAUACUUUAUUCUCAGAACGUGGGGCCUGAGCAUAUAUAUGUUCUCAGAACUCGCUUUGAUACCGCUGUGUGCUAUUCAUUGCGGAACGAUUUUGAGAAGGCCAUCGAGGAAUAUUCAGCUGUGCUAGUCACUAUGGAAAGGGUGUUAGGAAAAGAGCACAAUCUGUGCUUAGUAACUACAAAAAAUCUCAAAGAGAUGAAAUCGCUUUAUAUCCCUCUAUUUUAG